AUGAUAGUACGCAAAACUACGGGCGUUCUGGUUGUGGUGGCGCUGCUGGUCAUUUUUAUUUCAGUACUGCAUCUCGGGCUGGGCGACUCGUCGCUAGAUUCACCCUCAUUUUAUCAUAAUGUCUUCAGUCAAAUAGAGAAUGAGACCGAUUAUUGGGACUGGGAGACCUCCACUCGCUUCAGGCGCCCGGACACCGCUGCGAAACUCAACGUUAAGAAUGAUAAUAUCUGCGACACAUUCCCCACUCACCUUCUCUCACGCAUUCAAGUAGUUUUGAAGAUCGGAUCCUCGGAGCCGAUGGAUCGCCUGACGACCCAGACUUCGACAGUCACUCGGUGCAUCUCGAACCUUAUUAUCGUUUCCGACCGCCGGUCCGAGCUGAACGGACACCAUGUAUAUGAUAUUCUUGCCACACUGCCGGGAUCAUACCAUGAGAGCUCCGAGGACUUUCAAGCAUACGAUUUGAUGCAGAGGGGUAAGUCAAUCGAUGCGGCCCAAGGUUGGCGACUCGAUCGCUUUAAGUUCCUCCCCAUGGUUGAAUUCUCGUAUGAAAUGAACCCGACUGCCGAAUGUUCCUUUGUACUUUGGAUCCCCGUCACCGGGGAAAAGACCGCGGCAAAGAGAACUUUUGCCUAUGGUGGGGCAGGAUUCGUACUUUCGGCAGCUGCAAUUGACAAGUUGGUUGCUCGGAAAAUCGGGUCGCAUGGCGAAUAUAUCGAGUCGCCGUUGAGCAAGCGGUAUGAAGAGCUGCUGAAGGCUGAUCCUUGCGGGGAUUCGGUACUGGGGUGGGCACUGCAUGAGAGAGGAGUGCAGCUGUCAGGGCUUUGGCCUAUGUUUAACCCUCAUCCUCUCCACGGGAUCCCAUUCGACAAUGCAUAUUGGUGUCAGCCUGUUAUCAGCAUGCAUAAGUCGUUGCUGGCAGAUAUGGAGGCGUUGGUGAAAUGGGAGCAUAAACAGGAUCGAGAGAAACCUUUACUAUACGCCGAUUUGUUUGAAUACUUGAAAUUAGGGACCAUGGAGCGUCAAAAUGACUGGGAUAAUGGAGAUUGGGGCGGAUUCAGGAACCCCGGAGUCAGCGGCUCACAAGUCCGUCGAGAACUGUCGGGAAGCAUGCCAUAA